GUCCCCCACCCACCCAUAACGACUUGCAUCGUGCAAGGUAUCAUGCUUCUUGGUCGCAACCAUUCCGAAGAAAUGCAUUUGAUCUGAAAAGUGUUAAAAAUUCGUUAAUGUAAAUUUAAUUAACGUUCGUAUUAAAUUGUCUCGUUGGUUUCGUGAUACGUUUGUGAUAAAGGAGAAAAAAAAAGAAAAAAAAAAAAAGAAAAAAAAAGAAAAAGAAAAGAAAAGAAACAAAAAAGGAAGUUAAAAGAGAGACCGAAGAUGCCGGGCAAAGACAAAACAGGAUUCUUAAUGUCGGCUAUAUUAAUUCUUUUAAUUGGCGUUUAUUACGUCAAUGCGAGACACAUUAUAGCAAAGAGAAAUUAUAGCGAUCAGAGUGUCAGAGGAUAUUUAGCAGAGAGAACCUGUUGGUGGAACGAGGUAUGCAAGGAAGAGUUUCAUAGUAAAUUUCGUUGCCGUUGUCCAAGAUGGUCCUAUUGCCGUUCUCCUGGGAGAUAUUACGAUGCACAUUGCAGUAUGACGCGCACAGGUUAUAUUUGGACUCAGCCGGAAACCUCGCUGACUCUGGAAAUCGAUAAGUAACCGGGACAACGCGUAGAUGCAUACGUACAUACGUACAUACAUACAUACAUACAUACACAGAUACAUAUGUAAAAUAUCUAUCUAGUCCUGUUUACGUCUAUACUACGUCAAAUCAAAUAUUUCAUUCUCCUACCCCCUCAUCCUUCCCCUCCAACCCCUCCACAUCCUUCUCCUCAUUCUCUUCCCAUCUCUAUCGCCCCUAUCCCAUAUCCCUUUACCCUUCCAUCAUGAGCGACAUCCUACAAAAUUUUUAAUCUAAAUUCUCUUGCAAUUCUCGAUGAUACUUUUAAUACGAAGAAAUCGAUUGAAAUCAAAUCAAAUGAAAUCAAAUGAAAUCAAAUGAAAUUUUAGAUAUCUUUUGAAUCGUUUUUUUUAUAUAGCAUCGGCAUAAGAUGACCAUAAAUUAGUAUUGACUAAUAUAUAUAUAUAUAUAUAUAUAUAUAUAUAUAUAUAUAUAUAUAUGUAUAUAUUAUUCAAUGAUUUUUCACGAGUUAUUCAUGCGGCACCCAUGUUGUUAUAUAUAUAUAUAUAUAAACCGAUUGAUAAUAUUCUAGAGACUAUCAAUUGGUAUAUUAAUUAAUUAAUAAUAUUUUAAUCUAAACAUCGAGAGAGAACACGUUUGAAGUGUUACAUUUGACCCCAUUGUCUCUUUACAACGUAUAUUUAUUAUAUUAUGACACCUAAAUUGUUAUAAAUUAUAAGGCACGCGAUUAUUCUUCACUACUGCCAUGAUAUUUCUAAUCAGUAGUAAUAAUAGGUACUAUAUUCAUUACAUAGAAGGAAGAAUAUGAGAAAAGGAAGAAAGGAAAAAAAAAGAUAAUACUAAUAAUAAUAAUAAUAAUAAUAAUAAUAAUAAUAAUAAUAAUAAUAAUAAUAAUAAUAAUAAAAUUCCUAUGGAAUAUUAAUGAUUUAUUAAUUUGAUUUCGCAAACACAUCGAAUUUUUCGAAGAAGAAGAAAGAAUAAAAAAAUGAAAGGAAAUAUUUUUCAAUAUCUCGCACUAUAUAAAGUUUCUUUAAGUCUUCCAAAUUUGACGAUGAUAGUAAAGUUAGGACGAAGGAAAAAAGAAGAAAGAAAAAAAAAAAAAAAAAGAAAAGAAAAAAAAAAAAAUAACUCGCGUGAAAAUUUACGAGCUAAUCGAAUUAUUUCAAAUAUAAUUAUAUUUCACAUUUACGAAGAAAAUAUUUAUAUAUCACUGCCACUCUCUUGCCGUAUAUAUAUAGUAAUAAUUAAUAUUUAAUCUUGUUGAAAUCAAAUAUAAAAAUCAAACACUUCGAACUUGCUUGCUUUACUUUAUCACAAUCUCUUAUGAAUUAUUAUAAUAGAAAUAAUAGAUACACAUAUAUACACACACACACAUACACACACACAUUAUAUAUAAGGGCUUAAUAAUUAGAGAAAGUAAAUAAGAAGGGUAAAGCAGGUGAAAUUUUUGUGAUAUUACUCUGUAACGUUACAUUUAAUUCCAAGCAAAAGAAAUAAAAAAAAAAAAGAAAAAUAACAAAAAAGAAACA